UGCAGUCUCCUCCAGCCGCAGCGACAUGACGGCCAACAGCCGCUACCGGAGCCGCGCGCCCCGCACAGAAGAUGCAGAGGAGAAAGACUACGUGGGUUUCGCUUCUCUUCCCAAUCAGCUUCACAGGAAAUCGGUGAAAAAAGGCUUUGACUUCACUCUGAUGGUCGCAGGGGAGUCUGGUCUGGGUAAAUCCACUCUGGUCAACAGUCUCUUCCUCACUGACCUGCACAAAGACAGGAAGCUGUUGAACGCCGAAGAGCGUAUCCAGCAGACGGUGGAGAUCACCAAACAUACGGUGGACAUCGAGGAGAAGGGCGUGAAGCUGAAGCUGACCAUCGUGGACACGCCGGGCUUCGGGGACGCCGUCAACAACACGGAGUGCUGGCGUCCGGUCACCGACUACAUCGAGCAGCAGUUCGAGCAGUACUUCAGAGACGAGAGCGGCCUGAACAGGAAGAACCUGCAGGACCACCGCGUGCACUGCUGCCUCUACUUCAUCCCGCCAUUCGGUCACGGGCUCCGCCCGGUGGACGUGGAGUUCAUGACGGCGCUGCAGGACAAGGUCAACGUGGUUCCUCUGAUCGCCAAGGCCGACUGCCUCACGCCGCUGGAGAUCAGGAAGCUGAAGGAGCGGCUGAGGGAGGAGAUCGAUAAACACUCCAUCAAGGUCUAUCAGUUCCCCGACUGCGACUCGGACGAGGACGAGGACUUCAAGCAGCAGGACCGAGAGCUGAAGGAGAGCUCUCCGUUUGCCGUGAUCGGCAGCAACACGGUGGUGGAGGCCCGGGGUCAAAGGGUCAGGGGCCGGCUGUACCCCUGGGGCAUCGUGGAGGUGGAGAACCCGUUGCACUGCGACUUCGUCAAGCUGAGGACGAUGCUGAUCCGGACCCACAUGCACGACCUGAAGGACCUGACCAGCGAGGCCCACUACGAGAACUACCGGGCCCUCUGCAUCCAGACCAUGACCAGUAAGAUGAACGCGGAGCAGCGGGUUGAGAGUCCGAUUCCGCUGCUGCCGCUGCCGACGCCCGACGUGGAGACGGAGAAGCUGAUCCAGAGGAAGGACGAGGAGCUCCGCCGGAUGCAGCAGAUGCUCCAGAAGAUGCAGCAGCAGAUGCACGAGCAGGACCUGUGAGCUCCGCCCACAACGCCCGCUCCGCCCGGCCCCC